UCCCUAACACUUUCGGGCGUCGCCCUCUGCCAGGCAGUCUGACUAGACUGCCCCUGAAGGCGCUCCCACCCGCGAGCGCGGCGAAACCUUCUGGAAGCCGCGCAAAGCCUGAUGGGGAGGCCGCUGAGUGCUUCCGGGUGGAGUGUGGGCGCCGAGCCUGAGCGGCCUGUCCUCACACGCCGGCGGCAGUUGCACUACCUAUAGCCUGUGGAACCCCUGGAGGUCGUGUCCAGAAAGGUGCCAGAAGAGUAGAGGUCCUGGUGCACAGUGUCUUCACCCUACAGCAUUUGGAAGUGAUUGUCCCUGAGGGACAGAAGUUUCUCCUGGCUUUUUGUGGAAAGACCAGACAUGGCUGAGGUGGUUGCUGCCCGAAGAGCUCAUACAAGUCAGAAUUACCGAAUGGAGCAUGUUCCAGCUCUUCACACAGGUUCAAGCCCCCACAGGGAUGAUGCUCCUCCUUGCCUUCCUCCUCUUCAUGGGAUGGCCACUGGGCUUCGUUGAGCCCUGGAGCUAUAACGUACAGUGCUAUGAGUGUGUAGUGAAAAACACCUUUAAUUGUCCAGAACUUAGAACGUGUCCUUAUGAAAUUAGGCGGUGUUAUACUGUCUCCAUGCGUUUGAAUUCUCGGGACAUACUCGUCGUCAAGAACUGCACAUUUAACUGCACAUUUAUGUAUAGAUCCGAAGAGCCUCCAGAAGCCCCCAGAAGAAAGACGACUCAUAGAUUUAACAGUUUUUAUUGGGUUAAUUGUUGUGGUGCGAACAUGUGCAAUUUCCAAGGACCUAGUAAUCUGGAGAGGGACAUCACAGCAGAAUACACACUUGAAGAGGAUAUAGAAGAUAAUGCACAAUUGGUGCAGUCAGCUUUGUUCCUGAGCAUCGUCUCCAUUCUAGUCAGGAACACGCUGACCUGAGAAGCCCCCUUUGGAGGGGCUGAUCAUCUCCCCAUCUCUCACAAGUUAGCUCUCCUUUACUCUCCUGUCAGCCACACUCACAAGAACACACUCUCUUGUGUCCUUUACUAUUACUCUCCCUGACCUCUAGAGCCCCCGGUUGAUGAGUUCCCCAUUUAGCACCUGUUGCAAGAGAGAAAUAAACACCAGACUCGUUCAGGUA